CCAAUAUGGCGACGAAAUAAACAGACUACUGUGAGUUCUAUGACAAAAUACAGGAAUUAAAGACUCCGACUAAAACACGAUUGGAUAAUGAAGUAAUCUGGGUGCAGCUACAGUUUUGAGUUAUCGUAGACGGAAACAGCCGAUCAGCUAGAUAGACCUUGAUGUGAUUCGAGAGUUAAACAUGGACAGAUCCAGUCUGGAUAUAUGUCCAGUAUGCCACAUGCCGUUUGAUAAAGGCAGGAAGAGGAAGCUGGUCGAGGCCUGCGGACACGAGCUCUGUUUUACAUGUCUUGUCACCUACGAGAGCUGUCCCAUGUGCGACGGAAGAAGUCCUGUAAAUUCUCCACCUUAUCAAAACCAUCGUGGAAACGAGCCGUAUCGUUCAACCGUGAAAACCAAUGGACAUUUCACACCCAUCAAGAAAAACCAUCACAGCGAUCUUCCCCAAAAUACCUCUACAUAUGCCACACCUCACAACCCCACAAAUCUACAAUCAGGAUCUCAUCAUCAUCAGCAACAACAGCCUCCUGUCCCUGCCAAACCACGAUAUUUCCGACCUUUGACCUCUCCGACCUCUGUAGGAACUACUCCUCCACCACUUCCGCCACCCGCAAAGAACUACAGGCCAGAGCCGAGUGCACACCAGUUCACUAGUAGCCCAGCCAAUGGCUCUCCAAGCCUCGGUGCAAACAAUAUCACUAUGACAACCAACGACAGUCUUGACGAAUUGUCACGAUUAGACAAUGAAGUUCAUUCUCUGGAGCUGGGCAAUAGCUUUAGUCCAGUAGGCAAGGCCAGCCCACCACCUCCACCGCCAGACGUUGCCCAGAACGACCUGAUCACACGACUCGGCCUACUGUUAGGAGAUCGGUCUGACACAAUGUCCCCGAACUCCCAAGUGGUGAACCAGACGGAGGAGACAUUUACUAGUGUUUCAUCUCUAGCCAGCGGUGAGGCUACACCUGAACACGGGAUCUCCGACACCAGUCCCCUGUCAACCCUUACAGUGUCCUCCAGUAGUGAGCGAUCGGGUAUACACAUGGGGUUAGGCUCGCUGUUCCCUAGUCGUGACCACAGCUCUGACACUUCACAGAUGAGCCCGAACAACACUGCAAAGCGCCCCCAUUCUAUCACAACUUCGACACCCGGUCAGAUCGAGGAUCUGGGGCUGUUCAACAGAGGUCGUUCUUCAAGUCGCCGGUCAGCUCGAGCCACUAUCGGUCACUCAGACAGCAGAGUGAAGAUCACCCCGAUAAAACCACCCCAGGUCCAUCUAACUGCUCUGGAAAUGGAGGUCCCUCACACCGAGGGAAAGGCAGAAUUCUUCGGUCGGGAAUGGCUCUUCACUGAGCUCGAAAAGAUCCUACACAGGGAUUUGGUGGAUCAAACAAGAGGGGUGGUGAUCACCGGAGGUAUCGGGGCCGGCAAGACUGCGGUCAUACAACAGCUUGUACAAUUGAGCUGUUUCCGCGACGGCUCCUCCAGCGACCUUGUGGAAGGUAAUAGGCAUCGUAUGAGUCGAGACAAAGUGUUCCAUAAAGGCGUCAGCCCGAACUCCACACUCAACUCACAGCAGUACCAUCCCGUAUCCGACGUCGGCCUGAAUUAUAACUCACUCCGAAACCUCGCUUCCCAGGUUGUAGCUUUCCAUUUCUGUCAGGCCGACAACAACGCCACCUGUCUGGUGCCAGAGUUUAUCCACAGCCUAGCGGCGCGAAUGUCCCAUGCCCCACAGCUGUCUGCGUAUCGGGAAAUGCUACUCCAGGACCCUCAGCUUCAACAUGUACUCAGCUUGAAGGAGUGUGUUCAAAAUCCCACCGCAGCCUUCAUAAAGGGCAUCAUCGAGCCCCUCACCUCUCUGAAGGAAUCAGGACGUAUAGCCUCUGGAUGUUGUCUUAUUCUCAUAGACUCUUUAAAUGAGGCAGAGUUCCACAAGCCGGAUUACGGAGAUACCAUUGCAUCGUUCCUCGUGCGUCAUGCGGAAGAUUUUCCGUUCUGGCUGAAGCCUGUUAUUACAGUUCAGAGCGUCCUGCAGGAUAUCACGCGGUCUCUCCCGUAUGACCAUGUGUGUAUCGACCGUGGUCGUUACGAGGAGCUCAUUGCACAGGAUAUACAAGAUUACAUCAACUAUAGGAUUGAGACGUGUGCUAAUAUCAAAAACAAUAUCGCUCUUAAUGGAAAGUUGGAAUUAUCAACACAAAUCAAAUUCUGUGUUCAUCUGCAGGUGCUGAGCAAGGGCUCCUUCUUAUACACCAAGUUAACAUUGGACCUUAUAGAGAAAGGCAAUGUGGUACUGAAGAGUUCCAAUUACAAAAUCCUACCAAUGAAUAUAUCGGAGGUAUUUUUACUAAAUUUUAACCUGAAAUUCCAGAGUGUACGAUCGUUUGAGAAAGUGUCGCCCAUUUUAAGUGUUUGUCUUGCCACGCUCUAUCCUCUAAAUGCCACGGAAAUUUUCGAGACUGUGAAUUCCGGGUACACAGAUCACUUUCUGUCUUGGACGGAUUUUCAGAAUCGACUGAAAGUGUUAUCUGGAUUUAUGUACCAGAGAAAAGAUAGCUCCUAUAUGUUUUUUCACCCAGCAUUCAGGGAGUGGUUAAUUCGGAGAGAUGACGCUGAUAACCAAAAGUUUCUCUGUGACCUAAGACAAGGUCAUGCCCUCAUGGCUUUCAAGCUGUCACGGUUGAGUGCCCCACUGAAUGAAGACAAGACGAUUGAGCUAGGACACCAUAUCCUAAAAGCCCACAUCUAUAAGAACAUCAGUAAACAGCGAGGCUAUUCAUCACGUGACAUGCAGGCAUAUUGGAUGUCACUAAGUUCGGACAAUCUGAACGCUGCACUUGUGUCAUACAGAAAUCUUUACUCGCCCAAUGUCAAGGUGAGUCGGCUGAUAAUGCUAUCGGGAGCCAACCCUAACUCGCGUACCCUGUACCAGAAUGGUGCCCCAGUGUUAUGUGUAGCUGCCAGGGAGGGCUUCUCCGAUAUGGUCAGUCUCCUGUUGGAGUUCCAUGCCAGUGUCGAUGCUGUAUCGGAGACUGGAAUGUCGGCGUUGUGUUACGCCGCGGCAGCCGGACAGAUAGACAUUAUGCGGAUGCUGUGUCUCCGUAACGCCAGGCUGUCCCAUGUAGACAACAAUGGUCAGUGUCCGGCUGUCCACGCAGCUAUGCAUGGUCACCUGGAGGCCCUAGAGUAUCUACUGCAGUGUGAUUGGUCAUCUUACGAUGGUCAGCUGACGAAGAUCGAGGCAAUGCAGCAGGCUCUUGUGGCGGCGUCGGCUCUCGGUCACACAAAUAUUUGUGACUACCUGCUUCACCCGAGCAUUCAUAAUUACGAAGGGUUCGGCAUGAACAGCACCGAUACACUGUUAGGAGAAACACCUCUGACAGCUGCCUGUGGUCACGGACAACAGGACCUGGUCCAGUAUCUACUGGACAGAGGAGCCAUGCCUCAACACCCCAAUAACAAGUCCUUCUCACCCUUACUGUGCUGUGUGGACGCUGGACACUGGGACAUCGUCGAGAUUUUGAUUGCCGCAGGGGCAGUCCUGGAACACACAGACAAAUAUGGCCGCACGCCGCUCAUGAUAGCAGCCUACAAGGGACAUAUAGGAGUGCUGGAAAUGUUGCUGAACAAAGGUUGCUCCAUCAACCAGGUGGACAAGGAAGGCCUAACCUCACUUUGCUGGGGUUGUCUGAAAGGUCACCUGCACAUUAUAUCAAUGUUGCUGGACCAAGGUUCGAACCUCCACCAUACAGACAGGUGUGGACGCACACCGCUGCAGCUCGCCUCCUUCCACGGCGACGCCCAGGUGGUACAGGCUCUCAUUGACCGGGGAGCCCAGAUAGAGCAUUCUGACCUCAAUGGUAUGCGGGCGCUUGACCGUGCGAUUGACCGCAGAAACACAUCUGUUGUCGUCUGCUUCUUGAAGAAAGGAGCAAAACUAGGUCAGACCACGUGGGCGGUGGCAUCCGGCAAGUCCGACAUGAUGCUACUAUUACUCAACAAGCUCAUGGAGGAUGGAAAUGUGCUGUACAAGAAAAGUCGUAUCAGAGAUGCUGCCCAGCGAUACCAGUACGCCAUCAAGAAGUUUCCAAGGGAGGACAUCCGAGAGGAUAUAAACACAUUUAAGGACCUCAAACUCAACCUGCUCCUCAAUCUUUCCCGGUGCAAACGCAAACUCAAUGAAUGGGAGUCGGCCAUUGACCUAGCCUCUAAGGCGUUGGAACUGAAGCCAAAAUGUUUCGAAGCAUACUAUGCACGAGCUCGGGCCAAACGUGACAACCGACAGUGCAGCUCGGCCCUCGAUGACCUGAAGGAAGCGACACGUCUCGCUCCUAACAAUCGGGAGAUGCAUAGGCUGCUGAUGAGGGUGAGAGACGAAUGUCGAGAGCAGGCGCGAUACGAGGGUACAGGGGGCAGUGGUAGUCGUCAGAGUCUCACAGACAUGGGAGUACUCGGUGCAGGAAGACGGCACGAGGAAACGGCCCUUUAAGGGACCUGAUCAAUAUGGGUGUGGUCGGCAUGGGGUAAAGGCACAAGGAAAUAGCCCCUUCAGUUGAGGGACUUUGUGACAUGGUUGUGCUCCGCAUGGAGAAAUGACAUGAUGGAACAGCCCUUCGAGGGACCAGUGUUGCGAUAUAUAGUGGUGCUUAAUACUGAGACAUGAUUUAGUGCUAAUAUUUUAAAAUAUUUAUUUGUUUAUAAGGAUACAGUUACAUACCAAGCGAACCAUUGUAUUUUCAUUUCUGGUUGUGACUUGUAGUGGCGUGGUGUCACAGAAAUGGCAUGGAACAUGUUUGUGAUUGUGUAAGUAAAUAAAUCCGGGGAUAUGUUUACGGUUGUGUAGAGGUAAAUAAAUCCUGAGAUAUAUUUUGUGUAGAGGUAAAUGUUUCCAGUGGAGGAUUUUCUAUGAAAAUGUGAUGCCUGGAUUUCAGUAAGAAUGUGAGAUUCCUAUGUAGAUAUGAGACAUGUUUGUUAUUUACUGGAGUAAGAAAGAUUACGUACCUGUGUAAGCGGGUGUUGUUUGGUGCUGUACAAGUGUAAUUUUAUGGUUAAAAAACCCCAAGCUUUUGCAAUGUCAGUGGACCAAUGAACUUUUUAGCAUGUUCAGACAUUCAGCUUUGGUGUUUCAUCCGUCAGUCUAUCUGUCUAUCAGCUGUAUAGAACACCUGUAUAAAGUUCUGCCGAUGAGAUACAAGAAAUUAGAGACUUCCAUGUGUGACCUUGAGACAAUGUAUAACAAAUCUUCCUUUUAUCUAGAUCCAAAGUCAAGAAUGGAGUCAAAAGCCAUGAAAUUGAAAAAACUCAUUUUAAACUUUUUAAGUACUAACAAUGAAAGUAGUAAUUGUAGCCUAACCUUUUAGGGAUUUUAAUGGGAAUUUUAAUGGAAAUUUUAAUGGAAUUUUAAUGGGAAUAUUAGGGACUCAAAAUCUGUGGGCUUAAUAUGAAGUUCAUGUUGUCGUUUAUGAGUAUGACAACAAUUUGGAGAUUUUCAACGCGGUGAACAAAUGUCCUGAAAUCUUUAAAAAAAAACUUCUUUUAAGAAAUCACGAGUCCCAGUGUCAUGGUAUUUCAUCAGCACCAUGCUACAAUGAAGGAUAAUCAAUAGUGUUCAAAUGUAGUUAUUAUGACCUUGACCAUCUUUCAAGGUCACCGUGGUUAAAUGUGUUUUUAUUGUUAAAAAUACUUAUUAGGCAACAACCAAAAGGCCCAGGGUCACAUUUAUUUUGUGACCUGGCAUGAAGGGCUACCAAUCUUUCAAAUUUGUUAAAGUCCAAUGGUAUACAUUUUUAUAUUCAAAUGACAGAUUUUGAAAGUCAUAUGAAUAAAGAUUCCAACAACUGUUUACAAGAUUUAAACUAAUUAAAUAAUUGGGUAAAAUAUCUAAAAUGUGAUGUUAAUUGAUAUUGAGUCAAUUUCAAUUUAUUUUCACCUUGACCCAAUUCAAAGUUCAUAGAAGCUGAAUUAACAUCAGGUGGGCGAUAUAGGUCUCUGUGUAUUGUAAAAACCUGUGUAUUUUAUAUAUGUAUUGAGCUCUAAUUGGAUUUUUUGUGAUUUAUACAUUUCCAUUAAUUGUCAUAUGUCAUGUACACACCUUUCUUAAUUAGAUAAAACAAUUGUUAAUUUAUCAUGAAUCUCCCUUGUUUAAAAACAAGUAUGCAGGCUACAGAACAAUAAAAUCGUAUACUACUGUG